GAUAGGUGGGUCAGAGUUUGCUCUGAUUGAGCGGAAUGUUCCACCGCGGCUUGGCUUUAUUCAUUAUCCUUUGUUCUUUAUAGUCUGAUAUAUUGGGAUGAAAGUAAAUGUAGAUAUAUACAUGAACGAUUUCUUUUCCUUUGGAGCUGCUUGUUGUAUACAGCAGGAAAUAUACUUCUCUUGUCUUGGUUGGAUGCACAAAUCUGUGUGCCGUGCUUUUUGCCCGUUGCCUAGACGAUCACUUGGUUUCUCUGAGGAUGUCUGGUUCUCGUAAAGAGUUUGAUGUGAAGCAGAUUUUGAAAAUCAGAUGGAGGUGGUUUGGCCAUCAAGCAUCAUCUAAUUCUUCAGUUGACAGCCAGCAGGGAGAAUUUUGGAACCGAGGACAGACUGGAGCAAACGGUGGGAGAAAGUUUUUAGAUCCAUGUAACCUACAAUUGCCUUUGGCUUCAAUUGGUUACCGAAGGUCCAGCCAACUGGAUUUCCAGAAUUCACCUUCUUGGCCAAUGGCAUCGACCUCAGAAGUCCCUGCGUUUGAGUUUACCGCAGAAGACUGUGCUGGUGCACACUGGCUGGAUAGACCAGAAGUGGACGACGGCGCUAGCGAAGAGGAAAAUGAAUCCGAUUCCAGCUCGAGCAGGACUUCCAACAGCAGUCAGACACUGUCAUCCUGCCAUACUAUGGAGCCAUGCUCAUCAGAUGAAUUCUUCCAAGCCCUUAACCAUGCAGAGCAAACAUUUAAAAAAAUGGAGAACUACUUGAGACAUAAGCAAUUGUGCGAUGUCAUUUUAGUCGCUGGCGAUCGCAGGAUUCCAGCUCACAGACUGGUGCUCUCCUCCGUCUCAGAUUAUUUCGCUGCUAUGUUUACUAAUGAUGUCAGGGAGGCAAGGCAAGAAGAAAUAAAGAUGGAAGGCGUGGAACCGAACUCGUUGUGGUCCUUAAUUCAGUACGCAUACACAGGUCGCCUUGAACUAAAAGAGGAUAACAUCGAGAGUCUACUGUCUACCGCGUGCCUUCUCCAGCUCUCCCAGGUUGUGGAAGCGUGCUGUAAAUUUCUAAUGAAGCAGCUGCACCCGUCCAAUUGCCUUGGAAUCCGUUCUUUUGCCGAUGCCCAAGGCUGCACAGAUUUGCAUAAAGUGGCCCACAACUACACUAUGGAACAUUUCAUGGAAGUAAUCAGGAACCAGGAGUUUGUCUUACUCCCAGCCAAUGAAAUCGCAAAGCUCUUGGCCAGCGACGACAUGAACAUCCCUAAUGAGGAGACAAUACUGAACGCACUUCUUACUUGGGUCCGGCAUGAUUUGGAGCAGAGGCGGAAAGAUCUCAGUAAACUUUUGGCUUAUAUUAGGCUACCUCUCCUUGCACCACAGACAGGAUCUCUCACUGAAUCCGGAGCUCAUCCCUGUGGCCAGACUGAUUGACCAGUGAGCUCGAGGGAUCCACCUGUCUCCAGCCCACCCAGUGCUGAACUUAUAGAUCCAUGACCUGGUACCCAGCUUUUGUGUGGGAACUGGAGAUCUGAAUUCAAGAGCAUGGUUGUGUGGCUGACAUUUUACCAACUGAGCUGUCUCCCAGUCUCCCAAGUGACCGUUUCGGAAGACACUGAAUAAUCAAAACAAGAAAGUGUUCGCAGUCAUUAUGUUUUACCCUUGCCUGGAAUUCUUCUAAAAAUGAACUCAAUUCAAGAAGGAAAAAGGACUACAAUUAUUGGUGCUAUGACAAGACAAACUUUAGAGUUGAUCAAGUUUUAUGCAAUAUGGAUAAGUCGUUCUCUUUCUAUAUGUGUUUUGAGGGGACAGAUUUCUAAAAAUAGUCUUGAGAAACAACUACAAGGGUGCAGAUAAGCUGAGUGGUGGUGGUGCACAUCUUCAGUCCCAGCGUGUGGAAGGCAGGGGCAGGUGAAUCUGCAUUCGAGGCCAGCCUGGCUGCCUGGCUACAGAGAAAUCCUGUCUCCAAAACAAAACAAAGGACACAAGAGUGAAGAAUCUACACAAUCAAAAUGUCUCAUUUUCCAGAGACUUUUAUUUUAAUGAUUCGCCACUGAUUAUGGCAAACAGGCAUUUGGAAUUCAUUAAAAAAGCAAAAGUGUAUUAGAAUCAUAUUUUAUAGUUUAGCCAAUCAUAGUACUCUCCCAAACAAUAGCUUACCUGCUGCACUAUACUUGAUUAUUGUUGUUCAUGAAUUAAUUGCUUUAUAAUUUUUAUAUUCUCCAUUUCUUUACUUAAAUUCACUAAUCUAGUUUUAAUAAACUACAGAACUUAUAAGCAUGUUAAAAAAUAUGUUUUACUUCAAAUUGCAGUUCCUAUAAAAUCUCCUGAGACUUUACUGCCUGCCUGUGUUUUAUUUCACAUUUAUUUUUAUUUAGAAAGCACUAAGGUCAUUAUAUCAGAAUUAAUACUAGCACUAACAGUAAUCUAAAUGAGCCAACUCCAUGCAUAUCCACUAAUGGCUUCUGUGCUAAGUUUAUGUUUUGUGUUCAUGGGAAAAGCUGGUCCAGGUCAUGAGACUUGUGUCUUGCUGAGAUUAUUUUUCUUUUGGCUUACAACACAUGCUUACCAAAUGCCACAGGCUUUUUGUUGUUGUUUAUUUGUUUUGUUUUUUGAGACAGCAUUUCUCUGCGUAGCCUUGGCUGUCUUGGAACUCACUCCAUAGACCAGCCUGGCCUCAAACCCAUAGAGAUCCACCAGAUCUCUCUUCAGUUAUCAAAGCCUACACAUAUUCUCAGCAUUGUUAGCCAUUAAGGAAAUGCAAAGGAAAACCCACUUUUCUGCUUCUCCAGCUGGCUGACCUGGGCACGGUGGGGAGGGUGUGUGGAAAAGGAAGCCUCGCAAGGUGCUAGUGGGGACGGGAGUGUAGUGCAGACACUUUGAAAAGCAGUUUUGAGGUUCCUUUAAAGUGAAGGAUGAUUUUAGCUAGUUAUCCACCCACGAGAAAUCAGCAUAUCCCCACACAACGAUGAGCACUGUUUAUAGUAUUUCCACACAGGAAGCAACCUGAGUGUCCAUUAGUUGCUGGAUGGAUGGAGUGGAACAGAGCCAGUAGAAUAGUAUUCAACAGCAAAGCAGCAAAACUGAUACAUGCUACACCACGGACAAGCCGAAAGAAUAUGCUGAAUAAUAUAAGCAAGACAUAGAGGGCAUGUAUGAUUUUGUUUGUAUGAAAUACGCAGACAAGGCAAUCUGUAUGGAUAGAUUAAUGUUUGGGGCAGGAGGUGGCAGAUGGAUAUGACAAUUAAGAGAAACUCUGGGAUCUACCUGAGUGAAAGAAAUGCAUCAACCCUGUCCACUUGGUACAUUUACUGAACGUCAACUCAUUGGAUUACAUAUGGUAUGUACCCUCUGCCCAACAGGCUAAUUAAUAGGCUAUGGUUACACUGUUUUAAAGGGUAAUAUACUCUGGCCAGGGAAACUUUUCCAAGAACAACAACAAAAGAACAAUUAACAGGGAAUCUAUCAGGAAAUCAUUACAUCACUAGUUUAAAAGAAAAAAUAAUAUGAUCUUAUAAAUAGAUCUGUGAAAGACGUUUGAGGAAAAAUCGGUGCCGAUUCUUAAUUGGAACACUAAAGCAGGGGAAAUGGAGGCAGCCUAAAUCAAACUAGACCACACAAGGCUGUAGCGGCUACAGUCUGAAACAGGAAAACACUAAUACCUGCUGAACGCCCGCCAGAAGCAGAGAGGUUCCAUUUUACCCAGUGAUUCACUGUUACAUUGAAAGUUCGGGCAGUAUGAUAAACCCAUUAGCUGAACUAACUGGUGUCCACCCAGAAAAAGAUGCCAGACUAUUCCUAGUCGGAGAAGAGUGAGGGGACAGAGCUGGAGCACAGUGAGUCUGGUAAAGUGCCAGGCUGAAGUUCAAGUCACAAUAAUCAGUGAAAUGGGCAAUAAAAAUAAUUACAUGUGUAAGAAUAAAGUUAAUAACACGAAGGCAAAGACAGUAAAGAAAAAUCAUACAAGUGAAAAGGCCCCUUAAAUAGAAAGACCUAAUAUCAUAAAGUGUAUAUUCACUCUAACUAAUAAAAGCAUUUUGGUACAGUUCACGCCAAAAAGCCAAGAUAAUAAAAGAUAGCUAGAUGAUUCUUAAAUUGACAUGGAAAACUAAACCUGAGAUAUCCAAGAAAGCCAUGAAACUUGAUGAGGGGAGACUAAACAUACCAGAUUUCAGAACAUGCUAAGAAGGCAUUAAUGAUCUAGUUGUGGCAGCUCCUGCCUAUAGUCUCAGGACCUAGAAAGCUGAAGCAGGAAGACCAGAAGUUCAGGGUCAGCCUGGGCCAUAGAUUGAGUUCAAGGCCAGUCUAUGUGAGUUUCUGCCCCAGAAACAACACACACAGGGCAGGGGAGCGUGAUGUACACCUUUAGUCCCUGCCCUCAGGAGGCAGAGGCACGGAUAAGCUGGUGCCCCUAUAAUUUCAAUGCUGAGAGGCUGAGACAGGAGAAUCUGGAGUUCAUUACUAGCCUGGUCUGUAUCAUGAAUCCCAGACCACCCAGGGCCACAUAGUAAGACCCUGUCACAAAACUAAAAUAAAAUCCCUGAAAUAAGCCAAUCAGUAGAACAAAACAGUGGAUUAAAAAGCAUAUCUUACGCCUUUAUUGUACAGAUA